CGCUAACGUACACAAACACACAGAAGUCUGCUUUGGAUGAACUGCUCAUAAUCGUUUGACAGCUGAGAUGGGUGUUGGUCCGGCUGUUGUCGCUUUGCUCGUUGCUCUGAUGCAAGGUGUCUUUUGUAAAACCUGGGAUCUGACGCUGCCCCGAACAAUUGUGGCCAUCAGUGGCUCCUGUGUCACCAUCCCAUGUCACUUCGAGGUCCCCAACAGUGAAGAAAGAAAUGUCCUAAACUGCACCAAUAAGGGUGUUUGGAAGAAAGGAAGCAUUUCCGGUCCUUCCGUCUUCACUGCACGCACCAUAAAGGGGAAUGUAAUCGGGGACUUAACGAAGAAGAACUGCACUACAGCGUUCCACAGCUUCCUGGAGGACCACAGCGACGACUACUUCUACAGGCUGGAGUGCACAGAAAGCCUCAGGUUCUCUUUCAGCAACGGAGUCCGCAUUACUGCCCGGUCAGCCCCGGAUGCUCCCACGCUGACCUCUGAGCGUCUGGUGUCAGAGGGAGCCCUGAUGAAGCUGCAAUGUACAGUCCCAGUUCCCUGCUCCUUCCUGCCCCCCUCCAUCACCUGGUUCCCCCGGGACAACUCCUGGGAGGAGCUGACACAAAUGCAGCAGAGUGCAGACGAACAGAUGAUCAUGAAGUCCACACUGUCCUUCUUCGCCUCAGCCGAACAUCACGACCAGCGCGUCGCCUGUUCUGUCUCCUACCCGCUGACAGAAGGGGGCAGCACCGAGCCGUCCACGGCGACUCAGAGACUCAAAGUCCAGUACGGUCCCAGAUUCACCGUGGCGACACUCAGCACGUCUGGUCCUGUGUCGGAGGGUCGCACUGUGACGAUUACAUGUUCAAGUGAUGCCAACCCCCCCGUGAGCUUCUACACCUGGUACAGAGCCGACAAUGGACAGUUGACUAAGAGGGGUGAAGGACAAAUUCUGGUCCUGAAGGUCGAUCAGGGGGACAGCGGGGCGUAUCUGUGUGAAGCUCUGUCCAAGAGGGGCUCUCAGAGGUCCGGACCGGUGACUCUGGAGGUCAACGCCACGACAGGCAGCAGCAGUUCAGCUGCAGCGGUUCUCUACAGCACAUGUGCAGUGAUGCUGGUCCUCUACAUCCUCACUGUUGUUGUGAGUGUGUGCAAGUAUCAAAGUCUUUCCAGGAGGCUGAAGCAGAUUGAGGCGAAGGGGGAAAACACGUACGCUGAUCUGAGGAUCUGCAGUGUUGCCUCUGACUAUGACCAGCUCCAGCCUCAGCAGCCUAAGACGAUGCCCCCUCCUGAUGUCCCCAACUAUGAAAACCUGCAAAAAUUUCAAAAACCAGCAGCAGCUGAAGUGGACCUGAAGCAAUGAGCUGCAGUUUUCAUUAAAGUGGCUUAAAAUGUAUGUCAAAGCUUUAAAAUUAACUAGAUUUUACGUCUGGCAACGUCAAAUGAAGGCUGUGUCAUGUUUAUGUUUAGUUAUUUUUUCAUAUAAUGCACAUUUCCUGUUACUCAUCACAUGUUAGAAAAAUAUAUUAUCCAGAAACUGGAAUUUAUGAUAAAGUGUGAAUAAGCUGCUUUACUUUCUGCUGUAUCGAGUCUCUGCCAAUGAGUUCAAGAUCUAAGAGAGAAAUAAAGACU